AGCCAGCUUCCUUUGCUUUUGCAGUUGCUGCUGCUUUCGUAGCUCGGGGUUCUCUCUCCCCCCCCCUACUCCAAGCUUGCUCUCUUCUGUUCCCCAAGCUGUGUGAUCUCAAAUCUGUGACUCAGAGACUUGCAAACCUGAUACUGCAGCGUGCGGUUGGCAGAAAGGGAGAAUAGACGUUUGCGGGAGAAUCGAGCCAGGUACACCGCAGGAGUUUUUCUUUCCCCGUACACAGAAAGAAGACUGAGCAGGGUGACAACUGCACACGAUAUUCGCGAUUGCAAGAAAACUUCCUGCUUUCUUUCCAGGUGGCCUUUGGAGAUCGAUUCAGGCUUUGGUGUUGGCGUUUUUUGUUUGUUUGGUUGUUGUUUUUUUGGAUUGGAACUAAAGCAACGAAAAGCGAUGGGGGCUAACCUUUCAUUUCUCUGACGCGUGGGAGCAAGGAGGUGAGUUUCAAAUCGAGAGCGCCUGCAGGGUCCCGAGGCCUUCUGUGUCUUUUUUCGUUUUGUUUUGCAACGUUGGGUUUCUGCUCAACCCGAGGAGAAACCGCAGCUUGCGGAGACGGUUUAUUUGCAGCCCGGAAAAGGCUUUUGCAGAGAGAGGACUGGGGCUGAUGGGAUGAAUUAGGGAGAAAGAGGACUUGGGCGAACUUUUUGGUUGGCUUCUGCAUAAUACGUGCCUCGCGUUGUUUGUGCAGCUACGCAUUUCAGCAUUGGUAAUGGGCGGCCGCGGAAAGGAGGUGUCCUCCCUUCAGAACCGGGAAAUGAGCUACAUACGGAGUAUUCUGGUUACCAGUUCCCUUGUCUUGUUUCAGGCACUGAGAAGAAGUGGACUUCAGAAUCCUUUUGCAUCACAGAGAAUCAAGGGAGAAGUCUAACAGACUGAAAUCUGCAUGGAUUAGGGUGGAAGGGGAAGAAAGCCUUUUGCUAUCUUUACAUCUGUUUCACUUUGUACCCUAUCACGAGCCAUGGGUUGGCUGUCGAUCUGACCCUUUCACCUGGGACGACAGACUGAAUCAUGAGUCUACAGGCUCAGUCAAAGUCUUCAAGCAAGAGGGCUGGGAAGCAAGUUGGCUUUUUCGGUGAGCAAGGUGUUCUGCUGAAAGAGGCCCAGCAGCAGCAGCAGCAGCUCAAAGAAGGACAGUACUACAGCCAUGGUGGGGAAGUCCCUUCCUCUCAAGCCAUGGAGCUUUCCAAGUCGGGUGUCUUCAGUGGGAUCCCCAGCAACGCUGCCUUGCUGAGCUCUCUCUAUCAGGAGAGGGGUGAGGCAAGGAUGACCCCUCAGCAGUUGGCUAAUGCCAAAUGGCAGAACUCCCUUAUGGGAGGCCGGUUGCCUGAGCAGAGUGAAGCCAGUUGGCAGCCCCAGCCAGGAGGAUGGAAUCCUGGGAUGGUUUAUGGGGGUAGUCAGAAAGGGGGACAUCCCAGCGCCAGUAUGCCAGGUUUCUACGGCCACCCGGACACCUUGAAAAGAAGCCGGGAGAAAGGUAUGGUGGUGUCACAGCUAGACUUAUAUGGAGAUGUUGUCAAAGCUCAGCUGGAACAGCAAGUCCUGGCCAGGCAGCAAGGCCACAUGAAUCAGUUCCAGCAAAUGCAAAAGCAGCCGCCGCCGCCACAGAACCAGACCCUCCCUUUGCAGCCUUUCCAGCUUGCCUUUGGCCACCAGGGCCAGAAGCAGGGGCUUCCUGAACUGUUGCAUGUCUUUCAACAGCCCCCCACUUCCUCCAGCCCAGCCUUUACUGCCCAGCAGAAGCAACAAGCUCUUCCUCAGUUGCAGCUCUUUGAAAACUUUUAUCCACAGCAGCAGCACCAUCAGCAGGCUGCUGUGCAAGCCUUUGGCAUGCAGCAGCAGCCUGCCUCCGUAGCGCAGCCUCAUGUGGCUGCACCUCCCCAGCCCCUGCAGCACCAUAUGGGUUCCCAUCAAUUCCACCCAAUGUCUGAGAGGAACCAGGAGCUGCUGAAGGCCCUAACAGAGCACAAUGCGCAGGCUGUCCUACCACAGACACAGAUCCCGCUCCCCAGAAGAUCGCGACGGCUCUCUAAGGAAGGGGUCCUGUCAGCUUCUUCCAUGGAAGAGUCGCUGGGGUCUAAGCCGGCUGAGGGGUACCCAGGUAAUGUGCUGCCGCAUCCCUGGCAGCCACAGCAGCACCCAGAGAUUCAAUUCCAACAUCCGUCUGAGGCAUUCAUUCACAAGGACGGUUAUUCACAAUUGACCAGAACAGAGCUGGACCAUGGGGAGAUGACUUCUGGGGGUCAGCCGAGCCAACAUGAAGCAGAAAAAAUGGGCAUGUAUGAGCAUGCCAGAGAAGCAGAGAAGCAGGUGGCUGCAGCUGAUGGUGUUGGCCAGAGAGCUAAUGACUUUUGUGGGGUCCGAGGGGGUGUCAUCCAGAGCGCAAGGAGAAAGCGACGUGUUUCCCAAGAAGCCAACUUGCUGACCCUGGCUCAAAAGGCUGUGGAGCUGGCUUCUCUUCAGAACAUUGGAGAACCUGAAAGGUCAGAAGAAAAGAGCACAAGUGAGGUCCCAGCAGCGGCAGCAGCAAAAAGUGUAGUGGAGUUUGCCAGUUCUUCACCAGCCCCAAAGAGAGCCCGGGAGGACAGCAGUCUGUUGCCUCUCAUCAUUCCAGUGUCUGUGCCAGUGAGGAGGCUGGACGUUCAAGAUCUUGGAAGGGAGAAGAGUGAGGAUGGAAAGCUGCAGCAGCAGUUCAUGACGCAUGACCGCGGUGUCUCUGACAGCAAGCCGUCUGUUAUAGUCACCCGGCGGAGGUCGAAUCGCAACCUGAACAUGGACCUGGCAGCUCAGCAUGAAGAAACUGCCUCAAAAGAAGAAGUGGAAGGUUUUGCACGGAAACCAAAGCAACGACCCAGACCAGAGCCUCUCUUCAUACCACCCAAAGCUGGCACGUUUAUUGCUCCGCCAGUCUAUUCCAAUAUUACGCCAUAUCAGAGCCACUUACGUUCGCCUGUCCGCUUGGCAGAUCACCCUUCUGACAGAAACUUUGAGCUACCUCCUUAUACUCCCCCACCAAUACUCAGCCCAGUGCGAGAGGGUUCAGGACUUUAUUUCAACGCUAUCCUUUCUGCUAGUGGUAACUCAGUUCCACCCCCCAUGACUCCUAAAAGUGCACACAGGACGCUGCUCAGAUCCAACAGUGCAGAAGUCACUCCUCCUGUCCUUUCGGUGAUGGGAGAAUGUACUCCUGUCAGCAUUGAACCACGGAUCAAUGUAGGGCCUCGGUUUCAAGCAGAAAUCCCGCCUCUUAAAGAUCGAUCCCUGGCAGCCUUCGACAAAGCCAAGGAAGAACUGGUGUGGCAGCCAUGGGAGGAGCUUGAAACAAAUGCAUCAGUCCAAGAAAAUGUGGAGAAUCUGCUGACUGCUGCUUGCUCAAGUAUAUUUCCUGGUGGUGGUACCAACCAAGAGCUGGCAUUUCACUGCUUACAUGAAACAAAAGGAAACGUUCUGGCUGCUCUAACCAAAUUGCUGUUGAAGACGUCUGUGCGGUCCCUAAGCCACCCUCUUGCAGAUUAUCACUACACAGGAUCAGAUAAGUGGAGUGUACUGGAGAAAAAACUCUUCAAUAAAGGAAUUGCCAUCUACAAGAAAGACUUCUUCCUGGUUCAGAAAUUGAUAAAGACGAAGACUGUGAGCCAGUGUGUAGAGUUCUAUUAUACAUACAAAAAGCAAGUCAAAAUAGGCCGGAAUGGGAGCUUGAUCUUUGGGGAUGUUGAUACAACCAGUGAAAGAGCCAUUAAAGAUGAAGCUGAAGUAGAUGUAAAGAGUUCCCAUAGGCUUACACGUACUCUUCCUCCCAGAACGUACAAUGAAGAUUACGAAAAUACUGAAGAUGAGGAUGACGAAGGAGGAAUGGAUGAUGAAUUGGCUAUAAAAGAGGAAGUAGUAGAAGGAGAUGAGUUGUAUGACAAGAGCAGCAACAUAGCACCUCCCAAACCCACACACCUGUUACAUGAUGAGGACCAGGCUGGCACAGAGAGACGAAGGGAACCUGCUGUUCCAAGAGGGGUUGAAGCCAGAGGCAGAACUUCAAGAAGAACAAAGGAGAUGCCCAUUAAAUAUCGGAAGAUUUCUCCACCUGCACAGAAGAGAAGAAGAAAGCCAAAAGCCAAACCAGAGGCCGCCACCAAAGCCCAAAACCAAGAAGAAGAAUUUCCAUGUAAAAAAUGUGGCAGGAUCUUCUACAAAGUGAAAAGCCGCAGUGCUCAUAUGAAAAGCCAUGCUGAACAGGAGAAAAAGGCAGCUGCUCUGAAGCAGCGGGAGAGGGAAGAGGCAGAGGCGGCGGCGGCGGCGGCAGAGGCGGCUCGCAGCAAGGCUCAGCAUGAGGAAAGUAGUGAUAGCGGGAGCUCCAGUGGGGGCAGCGGUGGCGGCGGCAGCAGCAGCAGCAGCAGCUCUGAUGAAGAUGGAGAGGUCUAGCCAAGGCUCUGAGGAAGAUGAGAGAGCAGGCAGGCUGGAGACUCCGACCAUCAAGAUGCUCUUCCAUCUGUGGCUUGCAUUGCUCCUCAUCAAAACAGACUCCAGCCCUCUUGUUUCCACUUCCUUUCUUGCCAUGCUAACACGCCUGAGUCAAACAAAUGGAUUUUAAAGGAAAAAGUGGGAUGAAAUUUCUAUUUUUUAAAGCAAAAACAUUUUAUGAAUGACGUUUAUUUAUAAAUAACUGUUUUAGUACCUAA